ACGUGUACGUUCGUGUGAUAAUACGCUCAUGUUUAAUAAGAGCGAAGAAUUAAAUGUAAUUAAAUGUAAAAAUGUACUUUAAAAAAAUUUCGAAAUGCUCGAAAGUAAAAAUGCUUUACAACAAAUAUUGCAGCUAUUGUGUAUUAGAAUAUUAGCGCUACUAAAAAGCAAUGGGCUACUAAACAAAUAAUUCCAUAAGCACUUUAUUAGAAUUCGUCACUUAAUAGCGAAAAAAAUACGAGUACACAUAUGGUACUUAUAUGGUCUAUAAUACCACCUUUUCCUCUAAUAAAUCUAGUAUAAAUAAAAAUAAAACAAUAGAAAAGGGAAAGGUGUGAAUUUUUUGAAAUUGACUCUGUGUAUCUACCCAAACAUAUCAGUUACAUUAUAUCUAUUGAAAUUUUGCACACAGUAAUGUAAACACAACACAUAUUGUUAUAUUGCAUUUACAUUGUUAAGUACGAAAUUUUAACAUAGAUAAAAUAUAAUGUAACUGAUGUUCAGUGUCGACUGGAUAUUGUCAUCUUCACAAUUUCAUUAUCAGACUCCAAUAAGCCCUUAGGGUCCUACGCGCGCGCUUGGAUCCUCCCACGACUUCACAGCUCAUGAUUCGACCCUCUCUCUAUGCGAGCCAAUCGUGAGAUCGCGGCGCGCUUCCCGCGCUGGGGCCUCAUGGAACCCGGCGUCGUCCACAAUCACUUCAAGUCCUACGAACAGCCGCCAUGUUGUUAGUACGUGAUUUCGAACGCGGCUCGUGCGGAUCGCGGGGCCCGCAUGUAGGACGUAGGUGUCGUCGAGAUUCAAUGGAACGUCGGCUCGACAACGCUAAUUCACGCACCGAUAUCGUCAGACUCGUGAUAAGGGAGAUUUAACGAAGAGCUCAGAAUCGUGAUCGGUUCAAAUAAAGAUACCGAGAGGAGGUAAUGCUUGACCGACACCGUAAAUUUAUUAUAGAUAUGAUCGUUUAAAAAUCGAUCGUUGCGGAAGAGCAGCUCAAGAAUAAUUUAAAACGUGAAUUGCACAAAAAUACGCAACAGGAUGAAUCGCAGGACAAUGCAAGUCUUGUGAUAGUCGUUACGACCAGAAGAAAGAAGAGGAACCCCACAACUUUUUUGAGCCGAGCUUCGAAUAUAGAUAUAUCGCGUAUCAAAAUAUUGUAAAAUAAAAAUGGAAUUUUCGACGAUGAUAAUAAUAACGACGAUCGUACGAAGGAACGCGGAGCGCAAGGAAAGAUUUCGCGUUAGGAGCGCGAUGUUGCUAGGGAAGAAGGGCCCGGCCGGGCGGGACACGGCACUGGGCAUCAUCCCAUGAAAUGCGGCCCGCCAGCGAGAAAAACGGGGACCCGGCGCGCUGCGGCCGUCGAGCGUCAGCGGGCGAGUGGAGCAAGCCAUCAGGGCAUUGCCAGCACGGAGUGCAGCCACGGCGGUCGUCCCGCGGCGACCGGUAAGUCGCUCUCGUGAAUACGAGGCCCCUGAAUACGCUCGACGUAGACCGCGGCGUGGUCGGGUGACAGCACGGAAUGCGCGUCUUCUGCAAGGUUCAGCGGAUCUGGGUGUGCAGUGGGGGACGUAGGGGGACAAGGGGACAAAAGCCAGGUGGAACAACGACGACGACGACGACGACGUUUCGAAGACACGUAGCUGAUUCCUCUUCAUCAACCCGAUAUUUUCCGCGCCGUCUGACAGAACGAUGACAGCUACGCUGGUCUGAACUCCGGUCUGGAACGACGAACGGUCUGGCGUCUCUCGAGGUUGAGGCGGCGUAUUUGUUCUCUUUCUCUCUCUCUCUUUUUCUGCGAAGCAAGAGAUGAGACACGUGAAGGUGUGACGCACGAAUGCUGAUAAGAAAAAAAAAACACUUGCGUUCCAUCGGCAUCGAUUGUAUCGGUGUAUCCGCGUGUUCGAGGUGGCGGUCAGGUGGUGAACGCGCCGCUAAUAGACGAGAAUUGUAUCGUAGACGUGUAUCCUCGCUUCGCAUGCUGUGCGAACGAAGGAGAGGUGCUGCUGAGUGGGAAUUCCUUUUGACGGGAGACGCGCGGUGAAUCGACGUGUGACUCUUACCUCGUUGGGGCCCGCGUGGUGUGUGUGCCGAAGAGAGCGAGAGAAAGAGAGGGGACACGUGAUACGAACGUUGCGAGAGAACUGAUACGACAUAUCCGUUCCUCGCUCGCGUUACGCUCGAGGCGAAGGGCGCGCGGCCAGGCCUCGAGAGAAAGAGACGGAAGACGUGUGGCCCACUGAUAGAGGGGAAUCGGUGUUACACCGCGGGGAUUAGUGGUACGAGAGAGACUGGUAUGUCGAUUGUGAGCAGCACGCGGCUUAAGUUGAACGCGAUUGUGCGACUGUUACGAGAGACCGACGCUGACGCGCGCACGAGUCGGUGGUCUCGAAAGUGAACAGCGCUUGGUAGAAGAUGUACUCGCUGAAUAUAUAUUCGAACGUUCGACGAGUGGCGAAUACCCUGGUGAAACCAUGGUGACAGCUUUCGAUCAACUAUACGACGAUCCAUUUAAUUUCUGAAUGAUAACGUUGACGUCGUUUCAAGGUGCGCAUUGUGAGCGGUGAAAGGGAUUGUCGCGCGAUUGGUACAAUUCCUUGGAGACGGCGCGCGGCGGCCUCCUAUUGAUAACUUCGCAAGAACGGCUCCGAUUUCUUCGUUCCCUGUUGAAUAAAGUUACCUGGAACUUGAUCGCUGCUCCGUUCUCUCUUGGGGGUCGUGAUCUGCACUGUAGGAAAGCUGAGAUUAGUUAAUCGAUACCGAGGAAACGGUUCCAUAAGUGAAUCACAACAAGUGACGUGAUUCUCUGCUAGACGAAACUCUUUCGCAGUACGCAAGUAAGUAAGGCGCCGCUGACAGGUGUACUCGGAACGGGAAACGCGCGAAAGAAGGCGAGCGCGAGAAGAAGGUGAAGAAGAGGUGAAAGAAAUCGAGGAAGAAGAAGGAGAACGUAGAAAUCGGUCGUCCAAAGAGUAGCGCGCGAGUAAGGCCCCCUACGGCGAUAAGGCGAGGCCCGGGUGUCGGUGGAGGGAACGACGUAUGUAUCGUGCGGGGCCGGUCGCGCGGACCGGGCCCGCCGUCGCCGCCGCUGCCGCUGCUGUUACUCGUGAGAGAUCGCGUGCUGACCCAGAUUUCGGCGGGGCAAACCGGCACGAGGAGGCCGCGGCGGACUUUCUGAAAUGGGACACGGCGCAGCCUGGAGCUAAAUUAGCCGCGAUGUCCAAUAAGAGUAAGUCCCAGCCGCAGCAGCAGCAGCAGCCGCAGCAUUAUCAGCAGCAGCAACAGCAGCAGCAGCAGCAUCAUCCUCCGCACGUGAUCAAAUCAGUGGACCAGCUGCCGCCACGUUAUCAGCCCCCGCCGCAGCCUACCAGCGGCAUUCUGAAGAAUCAUCUUCACUUCGCCAACGGAGUUACAUCAGCGCCGAGUUCGGCUCAGGCCGGCAAUAAUCAAGGUCCAGGCGCGGCCUUGGGCCAUCAUCAGAGCACGCAACCACGUACGUUACCGCCACCCCCGCCGUCCUCGCAGCAUCAUCAACAGCAGCAGCAGCAGCAGCAGCAACAAUCGCAGCAAUCAACCCAAUCACAACAGCAACCGCCGCAGCAACCACCGUCGAAGGAUGCGCAGAGCAAGUACUCGCCGAGGAUAGAGCAUCGUCAUCAUCCCCAACCGGGUAACCCGCUGAUCGCUGUCGCGUCAGCGGCGGCGUCCAAGAGCCAACAGCAGCCGCAGCCGUCAACCUACCUCCAACAGCCUAAGCUCGGUCAGGGUCCGUACUUGCCACCCAGCAGUCAGUACCCGGCGGUGAACAACGGCCAAAGCACCCCGGUUAGACAGAGGAUCAGCGACGACGAAUUCCUACGACUUGGCCCCGUGGAGAUGCUCAAGUUUGUGCGGAAGACUGAGAGUGACAUCGCUAGGCUCGCCGCCGAGCAGAAUCGCCAGAUACAGAACUUGCUGAAUGAGUUGCGGUUGUUGAAGGAAGCCAACCAAAGACUGAACGACGAUAAUCAGGAGUUGCGCGAUCUCUGUUGCUUUUUGGAUGACGAUCGACAAAAGGGCCGUAAGCUGGCGAGAGAGUGGCAGAGGUUCGGCCGAUACACAGUGAGCGUUAUGCGACAAGAGGUUUCGGCCUAUCAGAAUAAGUUACGUCAACUGGAUAAUAAGCAGCAGGAGUUGAUUAAAGACAAUCUAGAGCUAAAGGAGUUGUGCCUCUAUCUUGAUGAGGAACGCAGCGAGGAACGCAGCGGUGGUCAGAGGGACGACGGAGACGGAUCGAGUUCGAGUACAAACGCCGAGGAAACCGCGCCACCGAGGCCGAGGCACACUUCCACAUUUAACGACCAAACGAUGCAGUAUGUAAGAAGCUUGGAGCAACGGGUGAAGCAGUUGGAGGAAGACAAAAGCGUUCUCCAGGCUCGUGCGCAAGGCUGGGAGGUGUUACCAUCGGGUGAAGUUUGGGACAGUCCCGCGAGUCCGAACGACAAUACUCACUUGGGAAGCCGACCGGAGGCCGUGGUGCGUGCUCUCCAGGUUCUUGAAGUUAGAGAACAACUGGAAAGAGAAGAAGGUCACGAUGGUGAAAAGGCGUUAGUUAGAGAGAUGUGUAAUGUCGUCUGGCGGAAAUUGGAGGAAGGACCGCAAGCGAGGCAUUAACGAUCGACAAGAGAACGAAUAUCUGUCAAUUUUUUUUAGUAUUAAUCUAAAACAGUAAGCUCUAAUGUUCGUGACGUAAAGAUAGAUUUUAGCGAAUAAACGAUAUUUUAUGUAGAUUUUUAUACGAUUGUACAAUAAUUUCAAUAUAAGAUAUACUGAUAGCUAGUACCUAUUUAUAUAAAUGUAGUUUUCACAGAUUGUCUAUUAACAAAGUAUUUUUACUAUACAACGUCUGUAAUUUAUUCUCAA